AUGGAAGUAUUCAUCAUGUUACUAAUGAUAGACUUCUGCAUUGGUUUGCCAAAUGUGCCUCUUGCGUUAGAACAUUUACCGCAACCUACUCUUGUUGUGCUACCUAGAGAAGGAUGGGAAGAUAACGGCGAAGUUAAACAUCUAAAAAACGGUGAAAUAGAGACUAUAAACGAACUAGUGGAAUCAAAACUUGUAUUCGGAUUGACCGUUUUCUUCCGAAAAUACUUCGAAACGUCUCCUGAUUAUCAUUACUGGAAAAUUCUCAAUCGAAGUGUUCAUUGUCCUCAUUAUGGUGUGUGCCUAGACAGGGCGGGAUCUCUCAAGGAUAUGGCUUUGCCUUGCAGCCAGUCUUAUGUAGACAUGAUGGCAGCUCGGUACAAAGGGAUGGUCGUGCCAAUGCCGCGACCGAUUGUGACUCAACACACAGUCAUGUACACAACCAAGCACAACCCUCUGGCUGGAGCUAUAAGUGCUGUAGUCUUGGAUCUCAGAGAGUCCGGAAUAUUGCGCAAGUGGUGGACGCAGCUGACGACCGCGGGUGCAUCGAAGGCGGGCGAAGGCGCGGGCGCGGGCGACGGCGGGGGCGAGCCGCAGCCCAUGACGCUGUCGCACCUGCAGGGCGCCUUCCUGCUGCUGGCGCUGGCGCCGCGGCCGCCGCCUCACGUGUGCCGGCGGAGGGCUGGAGCCUGGGUUGGGUCGGGGCCGGUGACAUGGGGCCGAGGCUUGGCAGGAACGGGAGCGGGGGUGGAGGAGGAGGCGGGGGCGAGGGGCGGGGGUGCAGAGGAGAGAGGAGACGGGGGAGAGGCAGGAUGGGAAGAUGUGUGGGAGGAUACGGAGGCAGGCGAAGGUGGAGAGGCAGUGCGGAGGAGAGAGAUGAGCGUGGCGGAAGAGAGGAGAGAUGGGGAGGAGGAGGAAUGGCGUGGGGUGAGUAAAGCACAGCACGGUGGAAGGAGGGGGAGGGGGCGGAGAAGCGGGGAAGAAGGGACGGAGCAGGAGCAGGCGAGGAGAGGCGGAAAAUGGUAG